AGUCCAUGCGCGAGCACAGGAAGACGAAUCCCAGGGCUCUUUUUAUCGAUGGCGAACUAAUACGGCCUAUUGUUGUCUACCUCGGUAACGGAAACCGGCCUUCCACCCUGUCAAAUCUGCCAAUUACUCAUACAACCUUUUUAUUCCCCUCGAAGGAGCACUUUACUAUACACCUGGACAUCAACCGUUCUCUAAUCUGGUAGUGCAGCACUGGGACUCGAUAAAACAACCACCAGACAGCAUCGCAGCGAAAAAUGUCAACAUUAGCCCGCGCCCUCCGCCCAGCUCGCCGCCUCCGAGUCGCACCGCCCGCGCAGCGGGGCAUGCCUCUCGUCGCCCAGCGGUGCUUCGCCGACAAGCCGCCCGUCCAGACCGAGUCCACUACCAACGGCGAGCUGGGCGUCGGCGAGUUCGAGGGCAUUAAGUUCCGCGUCGAGCCGCUGCGCCGCGUGGGCGAGGACGAGCGCACCAUGCGUGCCCGCCUUCUUUACCAGUCCCGUAAGCGCGGUACCCUCGAGUCCGACCUCCUCAUGUCGACCUUCGCCAACGAGCACCUCCCACACAUGACAAAGGCGCAGAUGCAGCAGUACGACCUGUUCCUCGACGAGAACGACUGGGACAUCUACUACUGGGCUACGCAGGAGGACGCCCCCUCAAACUCGGCCCCGACGCAGAAGCCCUCGGCUGAGGCCGCCCAGACCAAGCCCGCCGAAGACAUCCGCACGCAGCCGCAGCGCGCCGGGGAGUGGGCCAACACCAUCGGCACCUUCAAGGCGCAGUACCGGCCCGUCCCCGUGCGGUGGCAAGAUAGCGAGAUCCUCGAGAUGCUGAGGGCCCAUGUCCGCAGCCGCCGCGCCGACGGCACCGUCGGCGUGCACCGCGACGUGCAGGAGCGCAAGGAGGGCGGGCUCGGGUUCAUGCCGCCCCUGUUCGACGUUGACAAGGCGGGCGCCAAGAACUGAAGCUAGCGGGGAUCAUUUGGGCCAGUGGAUGGGCGCGAGGAUCAAAGACUGCAGGAGUAGAGGACCGCCAGAGCAAGGGGAUUUGUACCACCACAUCUAUCAGGAGCAUUACUACAACGGCGGAGAGACAGAGAGACAGAGAUGGGCAGGCAAGGAGGGGGCAAUAGUACACGGCAUUUUCGGCUUCGUUGGAAGCUUUUGCACAUAGUUACGGACGGAGCACAUAUGUGCAAGGUGGCGAAGGGAAAGGCAGGGAAUAUGAGAGAAAGGCGGCGGCCUGCUUUCGUUGGAGGCUGGCUACCACGCCCCGGGCCCCGGGACGAUGUUGUACAACAAACCCGUAAUUUGACAGCGGAAGACGACUGGCUCAGCGAUAUGCACUUAGGCAACACACGCCACUUGACAUAGUGCCCCCAAUUCAAAUCUUUGCAGUCAA